UGCAUUUGCUGAUAGCUGCUGAAAGGGACCUUCGCCGCCGUUUAGCAAUCAGAGCUAUAAGAAAACAGAUUUUCAAGAACUGAGAGAUAAAAAUUCUCUCCGGAGUCAAUUUAAAAUGGAUGAAAUGGAAGAAGAAUUAAAAUGCCCAGUUUGCGGAUCUUUUUUCCGCGAACCGAUCAUUCUGCCGUGCUCCCACAACAUUUGCCUGGCUUGCGCUCGGAAUAUCCUGGUGCAAACCCCGGACGCCGAAUCUCCGCAGAGUAGCCGCGCUUCUGGUUCAGGGGUAUCCGAUUAUGACUACCUGGACCUUGACAAGAUGAGCUUGUAUAGCGAGGCGGACAGUGGAUAUGGCUCGUAUGGGGGGUUCGUUAGUGCCCCGACCACCCCCUGCCAGAAAUCCCCAAACGGGGUGCGUGUUUUCCCCCCUACUGUUCCUCAACCUCCACCCCAGCACCACUUGCUAGGACAACCCGGCUCCCUACCCCCUAUCCCCCGCAACUCCUGCAUCACCUGUCCGCAGUGCCAUCGCAGCCUCAUCCUGGACGACAGAGGGCUCCGCGGGUUUGCCAAGAACCGAGUGCUAGAAGGGGUCGUGGACCGCUACCAGCAGAGCAAAGCGGCCGCUCUCAAGUGUCAGCUCUGUGAGAAGAGUCCCAAAGAGGCCACGGUUAUGUGCGAGCAAUGCGACGUGUUCUACUGUGACCCUUGUCGGUUAAGGUGCCAUCCUCCACGGGGUCCUCUAGCCAAGCAUCGCCUCGUACCCCCGGCACAGGGCCGGAUAAGCCGCCGGACCAGCCCCCGGAAGAUUUCCACCUGUACGGAGCACGAACUGGAGAACCUGAGUAUGUACUGUGUUCAGUGUAAGAUGCCGGUCUGCUACCAGUGUCUGGAGGAAGGGAAACACGGGACACAUGAAGUUAAGGCUCUUGGAGCUAUGUGGAAACUGCACAAGGGCCAGCUGUCCCAGGCUCUGAACAUCCUGUCUGACCGAGCCACCGAGGCCAAGGAGUUCCUGGUCCAGCUGAGGAACAUGGUGCAACACAUACAGCCCGCUGAUGGUCCGGGGAGACCCUUACUAGUGACAUCAGGGUGGGGAACUCUGAAGGAGAACGGCGUGGAGUUUGAAGCCUGUCUGGUGGCACAGUGUGACGCCCUCAUCGAUGCCCUGAACCGGCGCAAGGCCCAGCUGCUGACCCGGGUGAACAAGGAGCAUGAGCACAAGUUGAAGGUGGUGAGGGAUCAGAUAUCUCACUGUACAGUGAAGCUGCGACAGACCACCGGUCUUAUGGAGUACUGUCUUGAGGUCAUCAAGGAGAACGACCCCAGCGGAUUCCUUCAGAUCUCAGAUGCCCUGAUCAGGCGGGUACACCUGACGGAGGGCCAGUGGGGGAAGGGCACUCUGACCCCUAGGAUGACCAGUGACUUUGACCUCACCCUGGACAGCGGACCACUGUUACAGACCAUACACCAACUAGACUUCGUGCAGAUGAAAGUCCCGGCAGCCCCCAUGCUCCAACUGGAAGAGUGCUGCACCAUCAACAACAGUGCCACAUUGUCAUGGAAACAGCCACCUCUCUCCACCGUGGCUGUAGAUGGAUACAUCCUGGAGUUGGACGAUGGUAACGGAGGACAGUUCAGGGAAGUGUACGUGGGAACCGAGAUGAUCUGCACGGUGGACGGGCUCCAUUACAACAGCACCUACAUGUCCAGGGUGAAGGCCUUCAACGCCAGCGGACUGGGACAGUACAGCAAGACGCUGGUCAUGCAGACGUCCGAAACUGGACACUCCCCAUGUGAUAUGCAAUCGCUAGCCACAGUUGCCUGGUUCACCUUUGACCCGACAUCGGCCCACCCUGACAUCAUCCUGUCCAAUGACAACCUGACGGUGACGUGCAGUAGCUAUGACGACAGGGUAGUUAUGGGUAACUCUGGCUUGUCCCGCGGUGUGCACUACUGGGAGGUCACCGUGGAUCGCUACGACAACCACCCAGACCCUGCGUUUGGGGUUGCUCGGGGCGAUGUCCUAAAGGAUGUGAUGCUGGGAAAGGAUGACAAGGCGUGGGCUAUGUAUGUGGACAACAACCGUUCCUGGUUCAUGCACAACAACUCACAUACUAACAGGGCGGAUGGGGGCAUCAGUAAAGGUGCUACAGUGGGAGUGUUGUUAGACUUCACCAGAGGGAUCCUCAUGUUCCUGAUCAACGAUGAGCAACAGGGACCUGUGGCCUUUGAUGGCAUUGAGGGACUCUACUACCCUGCCGUCAGCCUCAACCGCAACGUACAGAUGACCCUUCACACGGGCCUGCCCAUCCCUGACUUCUAUACCCCGGGGGAAGCCGACCUGCAGGGCGCAGAGUGUUAAGAAGUUGACUCAGCACUGCCGUGAUGCAGGAGUGGACAAGGGGGCAACGUCCAGAAUGUCACCUUAUUCCCUAUAUAGUAAAACCCUGGUUCCUUUACUGGGCUCUGGUCAAAAGUAGUGCACUUCAUGGGGAAUAGGGUGCCAUUUGGGAUGCUAGCGAGGACAUUAGGCUGGAAGGGAGCUCACCUUCAGGGCUCUACAGGCAUGCGUUCCAAACAUAUUCCUCAUAGUGCAUUUUAACCGGACUUGUGCCAGAAGUAGAGCUCUAUAUCAUUGCUGUCACAGCCUUGUACACCCCAGCCCCUGGCUCUCCAGACCAACCAGCCUGGUUGUCUUAGGUCAGAUAAGGCAACCGUUGCCUCUCAAUCAAAUCCACUAUCGUUGGAUUGGAGCUGGAGCGAUGUCAGUGUCUGACAUAAGUCAAUGCAGUGGAUCUCUACAGAUCAUUGGACAACCUGAUCCAUUAGCUUGACCUCAACAGAUGUCUGGACAACCUGACCCAUAGCCCUGACCUCUACAGAUGUCUGGACAACCUGACCCAUAGCCUUGACCUCAACAGAUCUCUGGACAACCUGACCCAUAGCCUUGACCUCUACAGAUGUCUGGACAACCUGACCCAUAGCCUUGACCUCAACAGAUCUCUGGACAACCUGACCCAUAGCCCUGACCUCAACAGAUGUCUGGACAACCUGACCCAUGGCCUUGACCUCAACAGAUCUCUGGACAACCUGACCCAUAGCCUUGACCUCUACAGAUGUCUGGACAACCUGACCCAUAGCCUUGACCUCUACAGAUCUUCAGACAAGCUGACCCAUAGCCUUGACCUCUACAGAUCUCUGGACAACCUGACCCAUAGCCUCUCAACAAUUACAAAAUAUUCUUAAUAAACAGACAUAUUUACAUAAUGCUUAGUAACCAUGGCUCGCAGCUCAGAAUGGAACUCUAUCAAUGGAACUCUGGAUUAGCUUUCUAUCUUAACAUAAAUGAAACCAUGUCAUGAAACCAACCAAUCCAAGAAGACCACUACUCAUCACCAUACUCUAGAGGUUUUAGGUCUUGUUUUAGAUCUUUGUGAAAGGCACACACAAACAUACAAACCCAAAUACACACACAACUCAACAUUUCAACAGAAUCCACAAAACAUGGUACUGUACCAUAUAAGACCAACAGAGGUGAAUUGCCUUUCAUGGCAGCCUGGGGGAGUGUGGGAGAACGGCAGGGCUAUAACAUCGUCCCAAAUGGUGCCCCAUUCUCAACAUAAUGCACUGCCAUCGUUGCGGACAUGCAGGUUCGUCAUGGACCUCGGGGGGGGGCGUGCCAGUUGGCAGACGCAGUGACCCCGGACAGGAAGUGAACUAACUUUUCCCUGUGUUGCUGUCAUAGUAUGUAAAUGAGAUGCUAACCAGUGGCUCUGCUUGUGUCGACCUCAACAUUAUCCAUCAUUUGUGACUCACUGCAGAGUGGACUUGUUCCGUUGGAGUCCCAGUACUCGUACUAAGCGGGCCUCUGUUUCUUUAGCUGACACCCCGUGUCCAAUGAUGCGCACUACUGAAAGCAAUGUAGGGAGUUCCGUUUAGAAUAGUGCAGCCAUGCGUUCCUCCAUGGCGCAGCUUUCAGUAAUGUACGGAGAAGCUGAACAAAUGUAUGUUGGGUCCUGUGUUCCAAACUGCGCCCUAUUCCUUAUAUAGUAUGUAUCGGCCCUGGUGAAUAGUGCACUAUGUGGGCCGUGGGUGGGUCAUUUAGGAUGCAUCCACUGGCCACUGUCCAGACGCGGUAUAUUUAAAUUGCAUUUAUUAUUAUUGUUGUUUUGAUUGUGGUUAUUGUUGCUGCUGUUAUGAGGCUUUAUUCCUGCUAUUGUUUUGAGUAGGCCUGUGACCAGUAUGAAGAAUAACGUGGUGGGGUUGAUGAUGAUGGUGACAAAGAUGACACUCGUACAUUACAGGCUAUUCUGAAUAAGGUGCUAUUCAGCGUACUAAUGCUCUCACUGUAGGUGACUCUAGGGUGAAUCCAAAAUGGUGCCCUACAUACUGGACUGCAUUCCAUCAGUGGCUACAAGGCUGUGCUCAAUAGUAGUGAACAGGUCGCUAUUUUGGACUAGAAUCCAAAUCUUUUUUUUUUUUUACUAUUCAUGAAAAUGCUAGUGUGAAGGAGAUGGAUUUAGAUAGAUGUGUACGUUAUACAUUUUUAGACAGACAGCAUCUUUGUCGUGGACUUGCCCUGUAACCCCACUCUUGUUCAUAUUUUUUUUGUUUUACUUUCCUGUUGAUCAUCAAUGAAUGGAAUGUCCAAUGAAAUGACAUGACAGAUGGUUGUCUGCAAGCAGUACUGUUUCAUGUGAUUAAAAGCUGUGAAAUAGUUUGGUGUGUUUUGCUGCUCUGUACAGUUAGCUAGAUGUCAGCAAAACCAGGAACUGGGGCUUUUAUGGCAUUGACGAAUGAACGGAAACUCGCAACAUAACAAAUUAUACAUGGCAGGUCUAUGCAUGGAGAUAUAUUUGACUGUCUGGAGCAGUAGGUCCAUGGCAAUAAAUGAGGCAGUACAAUGCCACCCCAGGUCUUGAGAGAAGGCUAAAAAUCACACAAGAUGCCUGGUCUUUGAACACAAGAGAUUGAAAAUAAAUGUUUUGCUAUAUGUGUGGUCAUGCUGCUUGACUGAGGAACAUCCUCAUUAAUACUGUAGGAGUAAGGCUAAGUUGGCCCUUCGACUGAGUAACAUCCUCAUUAAUACUGUAGGAGUAGGGUGAAGUUGAUCCUUCGACUGAGUAACAUCCUCAUUAAUACUGUUGGAGUAAGGUGAAGUUGGUCCUUCGACUGAGUAACAUCCUCAUUAAUACUGUUGGAGUAGGGUGAAGUUGGCCCUUCGACUGAGUAACAUCCUCAUUAAUACUGUUGGAGUAGGGUGAAGUUGUCCCUUCAACUGAGUAACAUCCUCAUUAAUACUGUUGGAGUAAGGUGAAGUUGUCCCUUCGACUGAGUAACAUCCUCAUUAAUACUGUUGGAGUAAGGUGAAGUUGUCCCUUCGACUGAGUAACAUCCUCAUUAAUACUGUUGGAGUAAGGUGAAGUUGUCCCUUCGACUGAGUAACAUCCUCAUUCAUACUGUAGGAAUAAGGUGAAGUUGACCCUUCGCA